UCAGCAUUGAUGUCAAGUUUCCGACAUAUUUCUAAUUUUACAGAAAAAACUAAUUUUGUAAUUUUAUAAACACAACUAUUUAUGUGAAAAUAUGGAAAAUGAAGAGGAAACUACCAGUUCAAAUAAAAGCAAUACAUUUGAAGGCCUGAAUUUAAUACUUACGAAUACAUUUAAAACAGAGGAUUUUGAUGCCACUGAGGAAUUUUUAUCAAAAUGUCGUUCUGUUCAUGCUUGUAGAGUUUGUGAUGAAGUUUUCAGAUCGAGAUUUGAUUUAAUGAAGCAUAUGACUCAAAGUUAUGACUGUAGAACUAAAAAGAUUUUCAGGUGCAUUGAAUGCCAACAAACUUUUCCUACUGUAGGAAAAUUCCAACUUCAUUUAGUAUCUCAUUCACAGGAAAAUGAACUAGAAGAGGAGCAAGCAAGUGAAAAUGUUCCCUCUGCUGUGUGCGAGUUGUGUGGUAAAGAUUUUGAAAGCAAUUCCCUAAGAAAGAAGCAUCUAGAUUCCCACUUUGAAAAACGUGGUUCAGUCCUCUGUCCACAGUGUGGUAAAUGUAUAUCAUCUAAAGACAUGUAUUUGAGACAUCGUUAUGUGCAUGGUAAAUCAAGUAAGAAGUUUGAGUGCAAAAUAUGUAACAGAUAUUUUACCUCUGCUUUCUCAUUAAAGAAUCACCUCUACACACACACUAAGGAAAAAACUUUUGAGUGUUGCUUUUGCAAAAAACUUUUUGCAACUAAAAAUUCUUUAAGAUCGCAUAUAAAGCUCAAACAUUUCAAACCUGACAAUACAGCUGUUCAGGUUAAGGAAGAAAAAGUUAAUUAGUUUUUAUGAAUAGGUAACACUUUUUAGCUAUACUUUUUUUGUGGUACUAUUUUGGAUGAGUCACUUUGGUAGGUCUUUUUGCCUGCAUUUUCCUUAGAUAAUAAUUUUCUUUAAGUUUAGUCUCAUAUUCAACAUUUUAGUUCCAAGAUUAAUAAAAUUUUUAAAUUAAUUAAAAAUCUUACAUAAUAUAACAGAAACCAGUACUUACAACAAAAGAUUUAAAUUUGAGAAAGUCUAUUAUAAAAAGAAAAUGUUUCUGAAAUUAUAUAAACAUUUAUUAAUCAAAGAUAAAUAAGUUCAAUUUGAUUUAAGGUGAAAGGAAAUGUUUUGAAGCUUAAAUCAAAGUGUAUGCUCCAAAUGAUAGCUCAGUCACACAUUUGUGCAGGUUCUUUUGUCGGAGAAACUAAAAUUGGAAAAAUUAUAACACAGUUAUAGAUAAAGAAGGAAGGCGGCGGAAUGCAAACGCAAUGGAUGUUCAAUCAGGCCACUUAGCUGAGUAAUCCAACAUCUUACUGGGGGCUGUCAGGCAUUUGCUGCAACUGAAUAUAAUGAAUGGCAUGACUCAGUAAGGAAGAUCCUUCAUCAAGAGAUAUCUUGUAAACAUGGGACUUCUCCAAACAAACCAUCUCCCAUGUUAUCAAUAUGUUUCUGAGAGUAAACUUGAGAAUGACAACUAUAAGCUAUACUGAGACCUCUACGUGCUAUAUGGACUGGAACUAUAAUAUCAACACUCAAAUGACAUCAAUAAAAACUUCUUGGCCUAUUUUGAGACUGAAGCACACAAACCGAUCAUCAAACAUCAGUUCCAACCUAAAGAAUAUAUAGAGAAAAAAAUUCCGGGUCAUAUUCAUCAUCAUUUUGGCUUUACAACCCUGCGUGGGUCCUAGCCUCCUCAAGAGUUUCUCUCCUUCUUUGAGUGCCUCUCCUAUAGGAGAUUGGAUAUCAUUAUGGCGAUUCUAAUUUUAUUAACUGCUGUUUUGAAUAAUUCGUUAGUGGUACAGCCAAACCACUCUCUUAAAUUUCUCAUCCAGGACAUUCUUCUACGGCCUGGAUUUCUGCGUCCUUGGAUCUUUCCUUGCAUUAUAUUUUGUAGGAAUGUGUACUUUUGUCCUCUCAUCAGGUGGUCUAAGUAUUCAAGUUUUCUCUUUUUUAUAUUCAUAAUAACUUCUGGAUCGUUAUUUAUUCUGCGUAUUACCUCUUCAUUUGUAAUUCUAUCCACCCAACUUAUACUUAGUAUACUGCGGUAGCACCACAUCUCAAAGCUUUUAAGAUUUUUAAUAUUCCUCUGUUUGAGAGUCUAUUCCUCAACACUGUAAAGCAAAGUACUGAAUACAUAGCAUUUUAACAUUCUAGUUCAUAGAUGAAUAAUAAUAUCACGAUUACAAAAUAAUUUUUUCAUUUUUAUAAAGGUAGACCUGGCCAUUUCAAUACGUCUUUUUAUCUCGUGAUUUUGGUCACCUGUUUCAUUAAUGAGGGUUCCAUUAAUGUGGGUGUACAAAUACACCCACAAGGGUGUAUUUGUAUUCGCUUACUUUCUCAAGUUGGGUACCGUUUAUUGUGAUACUGGUGUCAUGAAUUGGAUUCUUACUGAAGGUCAUAUAUUUGGUUUUUUUGACCUUGAUCUUUAUGCCGUAGUUAUUACAUAUAUCAUUCAUACUUUCAACUAGAUGUUGUAGAUCUUCGACUGUUCUUGCCAUUAUCACAGUAUCGUCAGCAUAUCGAAUGUUAUUGAUAACUUCUCCAUUGACUACUAUCCCUUUGUUUGCAUGUGAGAGAGCUUCUUGGCAUAUUUGUUCGCUGUAGAUAUUAAACAAAAGCGGUGACAAUAUACAACUCUGUGGUACUCCUUUACGUAUUUCUAUUUCGUCCGAUGUUUGGUUUUCUACCUUUAUAUUAGCUCGCUGAUUCCAGUACAGAUUUAAUAUUAUUUGCAUGUCUCUGGUGUCGAUGUUCUUACCUUCCAGGAUUUCUUUGAGUUGAUUGUAGCGUACUUUGUCAAAGGCCUUUUCAAAGUCUAUAAAGCAGGCAUGCACCUCUUGGUUAACAUCUAGACAUCUCUGUGUUAGGACAUUUAAGUCAAAAAGAGCUUCUCUUGUACCUAAUCCUUUUCUGAAUCCCAUCUGUGUAUCGUUAAUAUCGAUAUCUAACUUUUGAUAGAUAGUCUGGGUAAUUCUUCAUCUUUCUUCUUUGUUCCAUUAAGUCUAGUAUAUCUUGUGUCAUCCACCCCUUAUUCUUUUUUGUUGUUUUUGUAAGAUGUUUCUUUGCUGCUGUUUGUAUAGCUGUAUUUAUGUACUUUUUAGUUUUCUCCUCAUUUACUUGCAGGCCCAUAUUUUUUAAGGCAUUUGACAAUGUGGUAUACAUUUCUUUAAGCUUGCGUGUUGUGCGGGCAACUACGUCAACAUCAUCUGCAUAUGCCAAAAUUUGGGAUGAUUUAUCAAAAAUGUUUCCUCUGUUAUCUAUUUGGGCAUCCCUGACCGCCUUUUCCAGAGCUAUGUUGAAAAGGAGACACGCCAGCGUAUCUCCCUGUCGCAGCUCACACGCAGCUCUGUUGUUGUAAACAGAUCAGAAUAUCCACUCUGCUUGUCAAAAGUACGCGCAGACGGAAUCAGCCACGUUUUAAACGGAACCAGUGGUGUUGCUCAGUGACAUUUUAUCUCGUGUGCAUAGAAAAAUUAACCCGGCUUAAAUUAUUUACGGCAACUAUAGACAUAUUAUGCAAUAUUUUAUUCGUACUUUGAGUUGAAGAAUAUAUUAAAUUAUUUCAAAUUUACUAAAUUGUUAAUCUCUAAAAUUAGCGCCUACCUUUAAACCUAGAGGUCGUGAGUUCGAAUCUCACCUGGGUGGAAAUUUUCGUUUAUUAAAAAAAAAUUAAUAAAUGACAAUAAUUUCUAUCCUUGUGUGAUCGGUACUCACCGGAGGGACCGCAGACGUUCGGAUACAAUUAGCGUCUCUUAGCAAAGACAAUGACGUCGACUUUGCUAAGUAUCAAGACAAUUACUCUACACACACACACACUACAUUAAUAGACUUAUCUUAAUUGAGACUGGCUGAAUGACAAUUGUCCAAGCCAAAACACAAAAAAAAACUUCUGUCAUAGCAUGUCCCAAAUUUCUCAAUUCUAGUCUAUGUUUCCGUCUAAAACAUGGCGUUGGCGUGAUGACAAACUUCAAAGGCGGUAUCUGAGAGUGGGCAUUCUGAUUGUUAUUUAUUCUGUGACAUUGGUAUUAAAAAUGGUGUUUGUUUUAUGUUUUUCUACUUUAUUAAAAUGAGAAUUUAUAAUUAUUAAUAGAAAUCUUGAUAUUGUACGCUCUUAUUAUUAUUUACGUUAAACAUAUCUUAGCCAUGCAUGAAGCAAUAUCAUUUAAAAUUUCAAAAUAGACGUUGUUUUAUUCUUCACAUAUUUCAUAUAAUUUAAAUAAUAGGUAUAUUAAUGAAUUGAAAUGAUGUAAACAUUCAUUGUCC